UUUUUUUUUUUGUUUUUUUACAUACAUUAUUUUUUACUGUUUAUUAAUAUACAACUGAUAUAUGCAGAAACAAGAAGAUUAUUUAAAGACUUUAAAAUCAGCUGUAAUUCCUGCUGACAAAAUUUUACAACUUAUUAAAAACGAUACUGGCGAUGCAGAAGCACUUGAACAAAACUAUAAAUCCCUUCUCAAAGUAAAAAGUCCAGUUUUUGGUGAUUCUUUAUUCUUAGAUCCAGGAACAGUAGUAGAAGUAGCGGUUGAUGAACAAUCUACAUCAGAAUCAGAAAAAUUUAAAAUAGAAAAACUAGUCGAAACAAUCAACUUGGCAUCUUUUGCAUACAAUAUUUAUAUGGGAUCAGAAAUAAAAACAUGUACAAAUUCGUUUUUUCGAACUGUAGCUUGCUUUUCAGAUGAAUUUACGCAAAUGGACUUGAGUUUGUAUUUUCUAUUGAAAUUUGCCAUUUUGCGGCAUAGAUUGGAUGUUUCUUUAGAUCCUGAAAGUGAAAUAUAUAAAUUUUUAGAAGAAUUAUUUCCACAUGAUAUAUCAAAACUUUAUAUCAUUCCUAAUAAGCCUGGAAACGAUCAAAUCGAAUACGCUUUAGGACUCAUUCAUCAAAGGUUUGCAGAGCAAUCUGAUGCAGAGCUUAUUGAACAAGAAUAUGGUGACCCUGAAGAAAUACAUGAUAAACUACAUGAAUAUAUUAUGUUCAGAUAUGUAAAGUGAUGAUUAUAUACGAUUAUAUAUGAUUAUUAAUUUUCUAAUAUAGGAACGGCUUGAAUAUGAGAGAAAGUAUUUAAAAAGACAAGAAGUCAAAUAUGACACUGACACACAAAAUCCUGAAAAUAACAAACAAGAUGAAGAUCAGUCUGUUAAUGAAUCUGAUGAAGAUGAACUAUCACAUGACACUGAAAAGAUAGAAGCAGAAUCUAGCAAUGAAAAUAAUGAUCCAAGAGAUAGUAAU